AUCCUCCCACUGCGAAGAAACCCUGCUUCUUCGCUCUCGUCUCCAUUGACAGGUCUUUCGAGGUCGCCUCCACACCAAGCAUGUCGUCCUUUCGCCACGAGAAAGAAAAGGCUGUAAAUGUGCAGGUCCUACUCCGCUGCAGGCCGUUCAGCGAGGAUGAGCUGCGAAGCAACGCGCCGAAAGUUGUAACAUGCAACGAUUAUAACAGGGAGGUAUCCAUCACGCAGACCAUCGUUGGGAAGCAGAUAGAUCGUGUGUUCACGUUUGACAAGGUAUUUGGUCCUAAAGCAAGGCAAAAGGACUUAUAUGAUCAAGCUGUAGUUCCUAUUGUGAGAGAAGUACUGGAAGGUUUUAAUUGCACUAUUUUUGCGUAUGGACAAACUGGUACCGGAAAGACCUACACAAUGGAAGGUGAAUGCAGAAAGGCCAAAAGUGGACCAAAAGGCCAGUUGCCCGCUGAUGCAGGAGUCAUUCCUAGAGCUGUAAAACAAAUUUUUGAUACAUUGGAGAGUCAAAAUGCUGAAUACAGCGUGAAAGUCACAUUCUUGGAAUUAUAUAAUGAGGAAAUCACUGAUUUGCUUGCUCUUGAAGAACUGUCCAAGACCACUUUAGAGGAUAGACAAAAAAAGACUUUGCCUCUGAUGGAAGAUGGCAAGGGUGGUGUUCUAGUAAGAGGACUAGAGGAGGAAAUAGUAACGAAUGCUGAUGAAAUCUUUUCUCUCCUAGAAAGAGGUUCUGCUAAAAGGCGCACAGCUGAAACAUUAUUAAAUAAGCAAUCAAGGUCAGAAUUUACAAAUCAAUCAAAUUUAUUUUUCUUUUCUUUUAGCUUCUUUCUAAAAUUUAUUUUGUUUGUUUUAAUUUUCAGUCGGUCACACUCUCUCUUUUCCAUUACCAUUCACAUUAAAGAGGCCACUCCAGAGGGUGAAGAACUGAUCAAAUGUGGAAAGCUAAAUCUUGUUGACCUUGCUGGAUCAGAAAAUAUUUCACGGUCAGGAGCUAGGGAGGGCCGUGCAAGGGAAGCAGGAGAAAUUAACAAAAGUUUGCUUACUCUGGGUCGUGUUAUUACUGCUUUGGUAGAACAUCUUGGACAUAUUCCCUAUAGGGACAGUAAACUCACACGGUUACUUCGUGACUCCUUAGGUGGAAGGACUAAGACAUGCAUAAUUGCUACUGUUUCACCGUCUGUACAUUGUCUGGAGGAAACUCUAAGUACAUUAGAUUAUGCUCACCGAGCAAAGAGCAUAAAAAAUAAGCCUGAGGUUAACCAAAAACUCAUGAAAUCAACAUUAAUAAAAGAUCUAUAUGGUGAAAUUGAUCGACUUAAAGCAGAGGUAUAUGCAACUCGUGAGAAAGUUGGUGUUUAUAUACCAAAGGAAAGAUAUUACCAAGAGGAGAGUGAAAGAAAGGCAAUGACUGAACAAAUUGAGCAAAUGAUUGUUCAGAUAGAAACUAAUGAAAAGAAACUUGAGGAUAUUCACGAAAAGUAUAAUGCUGAGGUCAAUUGUUCUGCUGAGCUAAGUCGGAAACUUGAGGAAACAGAGAAAAGGCUAGAAGACAUGGGCAAAUUGUUAGUUAUUGCAAAGGAUGAUGUUAAGCGGACUCAAUAUGCUCUCAAGGAGAAAGAUUUUAUAAUCUCAGAGCAGAGAAAAGCUGAAAAUGCAUUGGCACAUCAAGCUUCUGUUCUGAGAUCUGAUUUGGAGAUAUCUGUUCGUGAUAAUGGAUUGCUACUUUCUAAGAUAGCUAGAGAAGACAAAUUGCUCGUUGCCAACAGGUCUGUUGUAGAAAAUUUCCAAGCUCAAUUGGUUGCCAAGGUUGAAUUACUUUGCAAUACUAUAGCUGUAUCCAUAAACCAACAAACUGAGUAUCUUCAAUCUAUUGAGAAACUAUGUCAGUCGUGCCUUAAUUACAAUGAUAAGAUGGCAGUAGAGCUAAAGAAGAAAGUUUUAGCUUCAAAAUCAUUGUUCAAAUCACACAUAGAGGCUAUACAGAAUGUAGUGCGUCUACACAAGGCUUCAAGUAAUGACAGCCUAGAAGAGAUGUCAUCAAUAAUUUUUGCCAAUUGUUGUUCUCUCAAUCAAUUAUUAGCACUGGGGGAAGGUGAAUCGGAUCAAACUUUGAGUGAACUUCAGAAUCUAUUGUUAGGACAUCGAGGAGAGAUUGCACAUUUUACACAAGAGCUUCGGGAGAGAUUUAGCAAUAGUUUAAUCCAUGUUAAAGAGGCCUCCCAGUUCAUCCAUGGGCUACUAGAAAAGUUUGGAGAAGAAAUGAGGAAGCUUCAAUGCCACUCAAGUCGGAUGCAUGAAUCGUAUUCGAAUAGUAUUCAAGAGUUCCAAAAGGAAUAUGAGGAACAAUCAAGGAUUGAACAAGAAAAACUUUUAUCAGAGAUAGCUGAUUUAGUUUCCAAUCGCAUGCACCGUCAAAAAGAAUUGGUGGCUAUGAAACUUGCCAGCCUGGGAGAAGCUGCUUUAGAGAACAAGGAAACUGUGGAACAGUUCACAACAAUGAUGACUGUAGCAACCACUGACGCGAAGAGAAAGUGGGAAGAAAUAUACAAGCAGACAGAAAGCGAUUUUAGGAAUGGCUCCAGCUUUUCUGCUGCCAAACAUUGUUGCAUGGAAACUACACUCCAGCAAUGUGCAAGGGCUGUGGAUGUGGCCUCUCAAAAGUGGAAGAAGACAACUGAAUCUGUUGUAGAGUUGAACUCUAGACAUGCAGUUGAUAUGGACGUGCACAUUAAGAGCGCUAUUGAGGCCAACGAACAACAUGAUGUAGAGGUUGCUUCAGCAAGAAAUGCAUCAGAAGAUGCUGCAGAAGAAAGUAACACAGCCAUCAUUCAACACUAUGAUUCUGCAUUGGAACACGAAAGGAAGCACACACUAGAUGUCAUCGUUGCAGUAGGAUCUCAUGCCACAGCCAUAAGACAACUGGAGGAGGAGCAUGCCGUACAUGUCACAGAUAUCAACAAGCAUGCACAAAUCACUUUUCAAGAUAAUUACAAGGAUUAUGAACCUUCUGGGGAAAGUCCUGCAAGAUCCGAGCUAGAUGUGCCAAGUAGGGGAUUGAUUGAAUCUCUGCGAGCAAUGCCUGUGGAUGCAUUGUUGGAUGAGUUCCGAGAAAAUAAUCCUUAUGAUUCAUUUAGGGAGCCAAAACCAUCUCUCAUACCACGUUCACCACUUCUCCAGCGAAACUGAAAACCAAACUGUUUUCAUGGAUGAAGUUCUAUCGCUGUGUAGAACCUUGCCGGCUCCCUGUCAUGCACUGCUGUUCUUGUGUUUGUUGUGACAAUGACAUUGGAAAACAAAACUUAGGUGCAUGAGAGUAUUGAGAGCUUGUGUUCGGAAGCAAAUACGACUGUCACAUGCCAAGAAUUUGUUUGUUAUUGUAUAAAGGUGAGAGGUUUGACUACGGUCAAACUCGAGAUGGGGAGUUCAUUUAACGCCGCCCUGUUAAUUUUUGAACACUGUCAUUUAUCGAUAUAAUAUAUCAAACAUUGUCAUAAGUGAUGGUGAUGCCUAGUGCUCGGGCUGACUGAAUUAAAAUGAUGUAUUGCUUUCCUUGAUGGUAAAUAGUUUAACUGAUCUUUGACAA